AUCUGGAUUCACUGAGUUCUCUGUCGGACCGCGGCUUCCCGAGCUACUCAGUAUGCUGUAAUUAGGAGAGAGAAUUGUGAGCCAGAGUGGAUCAACUGCAUCUAUUCAAGAUCAGGAUUUACCUUAAGGGGAAUGCUCAUUCACAAAUUAAUCCUGUUCUUUUGCCCUCAGUUGUGAAUGACGUCCCUCGUGAUUUUCCUGGAAAGAAAGGAUAAUACUCUCUGUCAGACAGUUGACGUGCUACGACCACGUCCUGCUCACCUUUGACCGUGCAUGUGAAAAAAACAUCUAACCCAGUCUUGAGGUGCAAACCACCUGGCUUGCACUUCUUCAGGAAACUCUUGUAUCGGUCUCAGGAUCCCUUUUUUGGUAGACACUUGUGAGGUUUACCAGUGAGACAGGAUGCCUGGAGCCAGCGGUGUCAACGUGGAGGGGUCUUGCGAGGCCCUGUGUCGAACCCUGGUGUCUCAGAAGGGCCUCCAGAGAGAGACGGCUGACAUCUCCCAGUCUGUCCUCUACACCUCUCUGAUGGGCCUGCUGCUGGUCACUGACAAUGAGAAAGAGCAGCUCACUCUAGGAAGUGGAAGGGUUGGCCUUAGAAACAUAGGAAACACAUGUUUCCUGAACGCAGUAGUCCAGUGUUUGUCUCACACACGUGGCCUACGGGACUACUGCCUCGUCCAGUCCUACAGGCAUGAGAAGUUUUCCAAAGAGGAGGCUAAGCUCAUGGAAGCUUUCUCUCAGGUGCUGUCAGGCCUUUGGGAUGUAAAUGAAGGAGACACAGUUGUAAAUCCACGACAGUUUUACAAUAUUUUUAAAGAAGCGGUGCCUUAUUUCAGUGGUUACAGUCAACAGGAUGCUCAGGAGUUUCUCAGGUUCCUGUUGGACAAGCUGCACACAGAAAUCAACCGCAGGCCCUACGUUCGACGGACAGGGAAGGAGCCUGAACAAAAAUAUGCCAGAAUUAGACUUUCAGAGGAGGCAGUUGCCAUGUGGAAGAAGCACUUAGAAAGAGAUGACAGCAGAAUAGUAGACCUGUUCUCAGGCCAGCUGCGGAGCUCGCUGCAUUGCUCAGUGUGCUCCCACUACUCCAACACAUUCGAUGUGUUCUGUGAUCUAUCGCUGCCCAUCCCCAAGAGGAUCUCUGCAGGGGAGGUCACGCUGAGGGAGUGUCUGGACCUUUUCUCUCAGGAGGAGAAACUGGACAAGGAGAAUUCACCGAUGUGCGAGAGGUGUAACAGGCGUACAGAGUGCACCAAGCGGCUGUCCAUCCAGAGGUUUCCACAGGUUAUUGUGAUCCAUCUGAAUCGUUUCACGACAGCACGGUGGUCUAUCAGUAAAAGCACAGUAUAUGUGUCCUUCCCUCUCACUAACCUGGACCUCGGACCCUACGGACCUGUUGACUGCGGCCCAGUUCUGUAUGAUUUAUAUGCAAUAUGUAACCACGCUGGGACGGUGAACAUGGGCCACUACACAGCCUGCUGUUCUGAUGAAAAUGGUUGGUGCUUCUACAAUGACUCCAGUGUGACUCCAGUCUCAGAAAACCAGCUUCAGACCAAUCAAGCCUAUGUGCUGUUCUACCAGCGCAGCAACAGCACCACCACCGUCAGGAAAUAGACCACACACUGGCUGAGUCAGGCAGCCAAUCAGAGCAACUUCACCUCCAGUGUCCAUAGAAACAAAUAGAGGCAGCAGUGCUGUAACUCUGGCAUCUAUGAACUUCUCAGUCUCAGAGAGAGAAGCCAUGCCUACUUUAAGGGGGCUUGAGGAGGUGACCCCUCCGCCCCCUUAAUCAUGAAGAUGCUUUUGAAGAGUGUCAGUGAGAGAGCUGAGACAGCUGAGACAGACUGUAGCCUUAAGAGUCUCUGUGCCCUAGUUCUCAGGCAGGAGUGAGUGAGCCGUGUAUGUGCAGAUCAUGCAGAGCUCUUAAUGUAAGCUAACCGGGAUUCAUGCUUGCUAACAUAAACCCAAACGAAGAAAUGUUAAUCUAAAUUAGAAAUUAGACAACAUUUCAUGACUCAACUGUGACAUAGGAAUUGUUCAGAUUCUCUGACUACAUUUUGGCUACAGUUUUCUGAAAAUACACUUUAAAAUGUAAAUAUCUGUAUCCUAUGCUGUCUUUUUAUCUUCAUCUCCUUCCACAUGGACAGUUAACUCUGAAACUUGAAAAUAUUAAAAUUAGAUAUAUUUUCUCUCUAAUUUUCUCUCCAUA